GUUGAACUAAGCCUUGGCUGCGUCGAGUUGGCUGUCAGGCCGUGACUCGCACCGCGGCCCCCUUGCGGUCGGGGAAAUCAGGGCCCUACCGAGCCUCCGUAGUUGCCUCUGUAGUGGGCGUGGCCGAGGCCGGGGUGACCCUGCCUGAGCCGCCGCUGCCAACGACAUGUUCAAGGUAAUUCAGAGGUCCCUGGGGCCGGCCAGCCUCAGCCUAUUCACCUUCAAAGUCUAUGCAGCACCAAAAAAGGAUUCACCUAACAAAAAUUCCCUGAAGGUUGAUGAGCUUUCACUCUACUCAGUUCCCAAGGAUCAAUCUAAAUAUGUGGAGGAGCCAAGGACCCAACUUGAAGAAAGCAUCUCAGAGCUCCGUCAUUAUUGCAAGCCAUAUACAAGUUGGUGUCAGGAAACGUACUCCAAAACUAAGCCCAAGAUGCAAAGUUUCGCUCAAUGGGGGUUAGACAGCUAUGAAUAUCUCCAAAAUGCACCUCCUGGAUUUUUUCCAAGACUUGGUGUUAUUGGUUUCGCUGGCCUUGUUGGACUCCUUUUGGCUAGAGGUUCAAAAAUAAAGAAGCUGGCCUAUCCACCUGGUUUCAUGGGAUUAGCUGCCUCUAUCUAUUAUCCACAACAAGCCAUCACAUUUGCCCAGGUCAGUGGGGAGAAAUUAUAUGACUUGGGUUUACGAGGAUACGUAGUUGUAGAAGAUUUGUGGAAGGAGAACUUUCAAAAGCCAGGAAAUGUGAAGAAUUCACCUGGAAAUAAGUAGAGAAAAACCUCCAAGCUCUGCCCAUUUUAAUCAGUUAUAGGUAAACUUUGGAAACUCCAUACAGUAAAUCAGGAUUUCUACAGAAAAAUGGCAGAAAAGUCAGUAUUGAUUAUAGUAAACUGGCUUUCUUCUUCUGGAAAAACUAUUCUAGGUUUCUUUGUUAUCUUGGGUGAUGCCAUACUACAAUUGGACUAAUCAGAGAUCCUUUCACCUAGAGAUAAUGUACAAGCCUUAGGACUCCUCGUUCUCAUGUUGCUGUUUAUGUACAUAAUUAAAACCCAAGUUAAAAAAAA